AUGAGUGAAACUGCCCUCAUAUGCGGACAUAGAGGGUUUAAAGGUAAAUAUACUGAGAAUACCCUUUAUUCUUUCGAUAAAUGCUAUGAGACUGGUGCUACCUUGAUAGAAACUGACCUAUGGAUUACAAAAGACGGGGUUUUAGUCAUUUCCCAUGACAACAAUACAAAAAGAGUAUUUUGUGGUCCCAACGGCGAAGUCGCAGAUUUUGACAUAUUGGAUUCUACUUACGACGAGAUCAAAGACUUGCAAACUAUUGAAACAGGAGAACGGUUAUUAACGUUUAAUGAUGUGUUAGACUGGUUUGUUCACUACAUUAAAACUCAUGACAACUCAAAUGGGCACAAGUUGAUGUUGGACAUCAAGAAAUUGAACCCUGCGAAGAUUGUUAAAUAUUUGAUCAAAGACUUGUUGAAGGUUAACGAUGAUAUUGGAUGGUGGUUACAUAGAGUUAUUUUAGGGGUAUGGGAUCUCGGAAUCAUCAAAUUUUUGAACCAAGAAGGCUACUUCCAAAACGUUUUUGCGGCCGGUUCCAAGAAUACAUUGGGCUAUAAACAAUUUGAUAUUUUCCAUAUUUCUGUCUCGUGGAAAGACUCGCUCCAUUAUAUCAACUACAAUUCGUAUGUGGAUACCUUGCCGAAAGAUGGAUCUGUAAUGUUCAAGGCUACCGGUGUGUCGAUUAUAUAUUUGCUGACCUGGUCUACCAGAUUCUUGACAAAAUUUAUUCCUCGUUUGAAAUCGCAACGCAUGAAGUUAUAUAUGUGGACCAUAAAUACCUUUGAUCAAUUUGAGUACUUGAUGAACAUAGGUAAAAUAGCCCGCAUUUCAGAAUAUGGGAUUAUAACUGAUUAUCCCCAACGUAUGAUGAUUUAUCGCGAUAAGCACCUUGGUUUCCCAGAUUCAGAUAAUGAAAUAGCUACUGAGAUCACAAGAUUAACGGAAUCUAUUGAUCGAUACGAUACUGAAAAUGAACCAGCUACGGUUCAGUUAACAGUGAAACAAAGAAUCAUGUAUCUCUUCUACAAGAGUUUUAAUUAUAUAGGUGGGGCAAAAAGAGUUACCGAUGAAGAAUUACAGUUCGACUCGUUUGUCGACGAAGAUAAGAGACAGCCUAUCAAGGUUAAUAAGUUCUUCCUUUGGAUCUUUGCUACUUGCCAAAAGUAUGGAGUUUUCUAG